GAGGUUCUUUCUACACGGCAGAGACGGUGAACCAGGCCAGAGCUCAUUACACCUCCUCCUGGGCUCCAGUGCUCCACGCCACCUCCCUCUGGCUGCACAGCACCGGUUUCUUGAUGCCAGACGACGCUCCUCCCUAUCUCUCUCGUCCUGCCACCCCCCACCUCCAUGGGACAAACAGGGGUCAGAGCCAAGAGUCCAGAGGACAUCAACACACCGACAGACUGCACCUCAUCCUGGGGAUCAGUGUGGAGUUCCUGUGUUCUCCGCACUCUGCUGACCAGAUGGAGAACAUCACUUCCUGUCUGAGAGCUCUGCAGGCGCUGCUGGACGUCUCCUGGCCCCGAGCCAAGAUCGGAAACGACCAGGCUCUGAGUGUGGAGCUGCUCAGCGUCCUCCACAGGCUGAUGGUCACCAGAGAGUCCGUCUCCGUUCAGCUCGCCGUGUUGGAUCUACUGCGACAGAUCGUAACGGCCGCUCACGAGCACGUCAAGGAGAAACGCCACAGCGCUGAGGUGGAUGACGGUGCAUCAGAGAAGGAGACGCUGCCUGAGUUCGGAGAGGGACGGGACACCGGCGGUUUGAUCCCCGGGCGCUCGCUGGUGUUCGGAGCGCUGGAGCUCUGCCUCUGUGUUCUGGUCCGGAAACUUCCACAGCUCAGCCCCAAACUGGCCGGGACCAGUCCAACUGGUCCUGGAGGUUCAGUGUGGAGUUUGACUGACACCGACUGUCAGCUGGUGGCCUCCGCUCUGUGUGUCCUCUCCGACCUGCCGUCCAUCUGCUCCCCCGAAGGCAGCGUGUCCAUCCUCCCCUCCGUCCUCUACCUGCUGCUGGGAGUCCUCAGAGAGCUGGUGCACCUGCCCAGCAGCCAGCCUGGUGCCCCGGCGGCGGGCUCAGUGGGGGGGUCAGCCCUGGGCUCGGUGGUGCAGGCGGCUCUUCAGGCUCUGAAGGCCGUGGUGACGUCUCCAAUGAGCCGACAGGAGAAGAGCCGAGGAGCCUGGAGUCUGCUGCUGAGGUCCGCUCUGAACACUCUGCUGGGACUCUGGGACGCCGGAGACUCAGUGGAUCAGGUCAGUCUGCUCACAGCUCUCACCGUCUUCCUGCUCUCUGCGGCUCCUGACGUCUGCACCGCCGAGACGCUGCAGAGACUCUGUGUGCAGCGCUUCAGCAGCAGCAUGGAGGCCAAAGACCCUCAGGUUGUGAGUCGGUGCUAUCAGCUGCUAACCUCCGUGUUUCAGGCUCAGCCCGCCGUGGCCGUGCCGUACAUCCAGGCCCUCGGACCACAGCUGGUUCGAUUCCUGCAGAAGGUGGAGAGGAGUCGUCCUCAGAGUCAGGAGGAGCUGCAGGGGGUCCUGGAGGGAGUCCGAGCCAUGGAGGCCCUGAUCCAGACGGCAGAGGAGACGCAGCGUCCUCAGCUGGUGGCCGUCCUGCUGCCUCUCCUCAUCUCCUUCCUCCUGGAUGAGAACGCUCUGGCUUCGGCCCCCCCCGCGUCUCGCUCUCUCCACGAGGCGGCGCUCAAAGACCUGAUGCGCCUCGGCCCGCUGCACUCAGCCGUGUUCAGGUCUCUCAUCGCGUCGUCUCCUCACCUGAAGUCUCGUCUGGAAGCGGCUGUGAAAGGAAACCAGGAGAGUCUGAACGCUAAAGCUAGCAGCGCUAACCCCGCCGCCAAGUCCUCCCCCAGCAUCACGCUCAAAACCAACUUCCUGUGAGACGAUUCACCCGAAAAAAACCCCCCCAAAGAUGGAGGUUUUUGUUAUCACAAAUGCACCGUGCUGCGUUCACUGUCCCCGUGCUGCGUUCACUGUCCCGUGCUGCGUUCACUGUCCCGUGCUGCGUUCAAUGUCCCCUCCGGACAAACAGCACUCUUGUUGCCUGAGAAUCUGAAGGGUAAGAUGGAAAAGAAAGACAGACGUUAUGACCGUUUAAAGUUCGACAAUCUUUAUAUCUCACUUCUUCCACACGAUGCAUGUCACGUAAUCACACAUCACUGUUAUUGAUCGUCUUAUUAUCAAUCAGUAACUGUCCAUAAUCUAACUGAGCAAAAAUCAUUUCAUGUUUUUAUAGCUAAGAAGAUCUGGUUUUAAGGAAUGAGACCUUUUUAAACCUGAAGGAGGAACUUUAACACGUUAUCUUCAGUGUGUGGCGUUAUGGAAACACACAGAGUGGAAACUGAAUGAAACUGACCUCGAGCUGACGGAGAGGAUGUCAAAUAUUUGGGAAAAAACGCAAAAUUCUGAAAUAAAAGUUGGAUAAUUUUAAGAAAAAACUGAUUUAUGAGUUUAAAUAAUUCAGACUUUAUGAACUUCAUAUUGACAAUAAGAUGCCUUCAUGUCUGAUUUAAUCGUCCACAUUUUUCUUUGAAUGUUUUUGCAAUUUUAAGAUAUCCAAAAACCCUCUUUGGCAGACUUUCGUUUUUGAGUCUAAAUAGAAACACUCUUUUGAAACUGAUGAAAAAAACACUAAAUUCAUUAAUAGAUAGUCCUAUAAGUUACACAAUAUGAUCAUAUUUUGUUAAUAUUAAUAAUAAUAUUCUCUAUUAUGUUUUGUAAAGAACAAAAAUAAAUGUUUGGGUGUAAGAAAAACCUAAAAUAAACAAAUAUAGUUCAGAAAAAAAUGGAAAAAUCAAUGAAAUGUGAAAGUACUCACAAAGAAGACAGAUCUUUCCACAUCCGAUAUCUGCUUCAGUCAUACAGAAAUCGAACACAGUUUCAUUUUUUAUAUAUUUUCUUCAACAUGUAACAUGACAUUACUUUUACAAUAUAUACCAUGGUGUCAUAAAGACCACCAGAUGGCAGCAGGACAUUAUAAGAUUUCUCAAAAACAUCAAAUUCUCAGAGUUUUGACUUUUCUCAAAAACAUAAUCUACCAGAAAGGAUGCAUGUUAAGUAGAGGCAGUGAGUUGGACCAAUCACAGGAGAGCAUCUUAAAGAAACUCUAUGCCUUUGCCGAUGAACAAAGAAGGGAAAAUGAAACUAACACUGUGCUUUUUGAAAAGGUCUGAACGUAAAAGUCUUCAUUUUGAAAUGACUGUCGUCUCUCGGUAGGAAAGCUGCUUUUCUGCAUCAACAACUAAUCGAGGUCUUCCUUUCACCCUCGCAUGAAUGAAUGAAUGAAUGUCAAUUACAGAGAAGAGCUAAAAGAUAUGAAAAGGAUUUUUAUUUUUCUUAGUCAAAUGUUAAUAUUUAAGGUUUAAUGUCGACAAAUCACAUGAAAACACAAACUGAAGAUUGUUAUGAAUCAUACGGUGGCCUGUAAGGGACUUUUUAGUCGUCAGCACUUUAGAUAAAAAGACACUACAACGUCACAAUAUCAACCGCGUCGUGUUUUAUCAGUUUGAAGAAUGUACGUUUGUUUGGUUUUAAAAUACUUGUAUUGUCUGAAUGUCAACAUUCAUAUCAGUGAAGAGAAUAAAGACAUUUCUAACAUGAUGUCCACCAUAGUAAAACACUAAAUCAUUACCUGCAAUAAGUAAAAUAACCAGGUGAGCUUCUGUCUUCCUCUGUGCUUCACACACACACACCAGCAGUAUUAGUGUGUUUAAAUGUGUGUGUGCUCACCUGGCCGACUGCUCUGUGAACUGUACAGCUGUGACCUGAAUGACUGAGUUAACAUGAUGUUUUCUAACGACACAAGUGAAUAAAAACAUGUUUUUUUCUUCUAA